AUGAGCCGCCUAACACCGAGCCGGUCGCCGCGAAUGCGCCGAUUUGCCGACCAGCUCGCCCAGAUCCGCAUCUCGCUCGACCCGCCGUCGCCGCCAUUUCUGAGCCCGUCGCCACUUGGCGACAUCCACCAAUUGCCGCCAAUGAACUAUUUGCAAGUGCCCGGCGAGACCAAUGCCGAAACGUCGGCGGCAUUCCCGUUUCCGAGUCGCGCGCUCGCCUCGCCACCGCCGGAUCGUCGCACGUCGUUCGCGUCGACAAUGUCCGACACGAACAGCUCGGUGACGAUACCGAUGUCGGUCAGCUAUCAGAAUCUACUGUCGCCGAUGUGGUCGACCGUCAAAUACUGCUCCGAUGACAACGAGACGCCGCCGAAUGAGCCGGUGCCGAGACGAUCGAAAAGUGCAUUGUGUAAUCGAUCGUCAUCGGACUGCAUCAAUGUGCCGCCGAUCGUGUUCUCACCUGUUCUCAGCCGUCCCGUCAGGUCCAUAUCACCGACAAUGUCGUCGCCAACAUUCCGAACCCAUCACGGUUCCGACUCGGAAAGUGACACUGACGUUGUUUGGAGAGGAAGCGGCAGUGCCCUAAUGAUACCGAGGCGUUCGUUCAAUUAUCAUCAUUCGAGCGCCACCGGACAUCAGCAUCAUGAUUUGGAUUCGGCAGCGAACGUCGAGAGGCUCCUUAAAAGAAAUCGUCGUAAAACGAUGGCGAUUCAUGGCGCCGAAGUUUCGAUGGACCACGGAAUCAGCGUUGGCGGCAAUUGGUCGAGCUCGUCGAUGACGAACUUGUGCCGAGUCCGCUCCACUCUCGGACACUCUGAUCCGCAGUUGUCGAGCAGCUCGAGCGCGCACGCGUCGACGACAAGCCUUCAUCCGAAGCCAUCGCCGUCAAACUUGCGUUCGGCUCGUCCGUCGCUUCACGCUUCAACGUCGCCGGUAACCCUUCAACGAUGUCGAAGUCCUCUUCGAAUUCCGCAGCGAUCGACGUCGAGUUCGCAGAAUUUCGCCGUUGUCGCCGGACCAUCGUCGUCUGUAGCGCCGCACGCGACUGUUCCGAUUCAAUUGAGACAAUAUUCUGCGCGAAAUGGUUCGUCUUUAAUGGCUCCCGUACAGGACACACGAAGAUGGUCGCUGGCUUCACUUCCAUCGACUAGCGGCUACGGGACGCCGGGCACUGGAAGCAAUUCAGGGGUCUCUAGUCAAUAUUCGUCGACGGAGCAUAUUGGAGAAAUGAUUGAUAAUAUGAGAGUGGGACCCGUUCGGCAGGCUUCCAGUCGAUAUGAUAGUAAUGAGAGUUAUGAUGACGUGACGACACCGCAGCCAUCGAAUUCAUUUCUGAAUCGUCCCAGAAGUCGAAGUUUGACAAGUCCUGCGAAAUUUGUGAACGAAUUCAACUUGGAAAUUGUCAAUCGAACGAGUGUUUAUAAGGAAAAGUUUCCGAAAGCAAAACUCCAAAUGGAGGAGCGGCUGAGCGCAUUUGUUGCCGAGAAUGGUCCGUUGAGCGGUGGAAUCACACUGCCCAAUAUCGACAACGAGCAAGAAGGCGAUGAAUUGGUAAUGAGGAGUCGAAGAUCAACGGUUUUGGAUGCCGAAUCAUAUGCGGAUCGAAAUUUGCUUCGUCUCAUCGGCGACGGAGCGACUCGGUUCCUUCAUCAUCAGAUUGUCGAGAUCGCCGCCGAUUGUCUGGCGAAAUCGAGAGAUGAUUUGAUAACUUGCUCGUAUUUCUGCGAAAUGAGCCAACGAUUAGAGGAAACUCUCAAUGAGGCACAAAUGAAAACGAGUCCCGAGUCGCUUGACUAUUUGUCGAAGUUGGUCAAACGCCUUCUGAUGAUCGUCAGUCGUCCGGCGCGCCUUCUCGAAUGUCUCGAAUUCGAUCCCGACGAGUUUUAUCAACUUCUCGAAGAAGCCGAGGGUGUUGUUCGCGAGCAGUUGGGCUCGGGAACCGCCCGUGUUCCUGAUCUUCCGCAGUAUAUAAUCGGGAAACUCGGACUUGAUCGCGAUCCGAUGCUGGAUUCAACCGAACAGGUCGACGAGGUGCCGACGAAUCCGCCGAGUGUGCCGAGCACUAAUAAAACGGAGGCGUCAUUUCCGGAUACGAAUCGGCCACCUUGUGAGGAUGAUUUUGAAACGAUACGGGUUUGUUUUAUCGAGUUUCGUCUUGUAAGCAACGGAGCCUACGGUGCCGUUCAUCUGGUUCGGCACAAAGAAACCCGGCAGAGAUAUGCGUUGAAGAAGAUGAACAAGCACACGCUGAUGUUGAGGAAUCAAGUCGAUCAGGUGUUCGCCGAGCGUGACAUUCUCACCAUGGCCGACAAUCCAUUCGUCGUCUCGUUCUACGGCUCAUUCGAAACGCGCCACCAUUUGUGCAUGCUCAUGGAAUACGUCGAGGGCGGCGAUUGUGCGGCGUUGCUCAAAAGCGCCGGAACACUGCCGCUGGAAUUGGCGCGGCUUUAUAUUGCCGAAACUGUGCUCGCCAUCGAGUAUUUGCACUCGUAUGGAAUUGUGCACAGAGAUUUGAAGCCGGACAAUCUUCUAAUUACGGCGAUGGGACAUAUCAAAUUGACGGACUUUGGACUCUCGAAAAUUGGACUCAUGAAUCGAACAACACUUGUUGCUGAAGGCUGUGGAACAGUUGCUGAAACUCAGCAAUUUCAGGAUAAACAAUUGUGCGGAACACCUGAAUAUAUUGCCCCAGAAGUGAUUCUUCGACGGGGAUAUGGAAAACCGGUUGAUUGGUGGGCACUCGGCAUUAUACUCUAUGAAUUCCUGGUUGGAAUUGUGCCAUUUUUUGGAGAGACACCCGAAAUUUUGUUCUCGAAGGUAAUCAAUGAAGAAGUCGAAUAUCCAACCGAAGAUGAAGCUCUACCGGUUGAAGCUGAAGAUCUUAUUCGGAAAUUAUUGGAGAAGAAUCCCGCCGAGCGUCUCGGCACGAUUUCGGGCGCCACACAGCUCGUCGCUCAUCCGUUUUUUGCAUCAUUGGAUUUUAAUACGCUUUUGAGGCAAAAAGCCGAAUUUGUGCCGCAAUUGGACAAUGAGGAGGACACCAGCUAUUUUGAUACUCGCCAAGAUCGCUAUAACCAUGAAGCUGAAUCAUGUGAAGAUGAUUCGACGAGUUGUAUGAUGUUCAAUUCGUUCUCAACCGCCAGUCCGAGACAUUCGAUUGUCUCCAUCGAUCCUUCGUUGAUGCCUCACAUCAUUUCAUCAGCGUCGCCGUCAAUUUCGUCGCCGAUUGAGCGCUCGAAUUCGAUGUCGUCGGGAAAAUCGGAAACGCGACCGGAACGCUCGUAUUCGACGGGGCAGGCGCCGGAUUCGUUGGCCGAUGACACGAUUUCAUCGGCGGAGAAUCUUCGCCGCCGCUUUUCGGCGCAACGACAACAUGUCUCGACAACAUCGUCGUCGGGAACCGGAUCAGGAAACGCGUUCGCCACCGCGGCGUCGUCGACGGAUUCUUCUAUCGACGCCUCCACUCUUCCAUUAUUUCAUUCCGGUCGACGAUCCGACGGCGGUUCGAGAUCGCCGCUUCCGCGAUUCGCCAUUUCGUACGAGGGAACGACGAGCGAGCACGUCGAUGAGCACGACGAGAAGACAAAGAAUGAGAGUAAUGAGCCCGUCAAGUUCCGGAACCAAGCUCUUCAACUGGUGAUUCCUGGCCAAUCGAGCUCGUCGUCAUCAACAUCAACAGCAGCAACAGCAGCAUCUUCGAAUGAUUCGAAAGAGACGUGCUAUGUGAUGUACUCGAAUCCGGUGACCGUCACUUCACAGCAACUCUCACCCGGUGGUGUUUCCGUAUCGUCGGCAUCGUCGGCUGACGUCGGCGCGUCGCCGCAAUGCGCCCAAACCUCGGACUCGCCGAGCACCGAUGUGCCGUUGAGCAAGAAUAUCGCCAUCAAGAAGGGACCAUUUGGAUAUGGAUUCACCCUGAAAUCGGUACGUGUCUACCUUGGUGAACACUCAGAGUAUUACACUAUCGAGCACAUUGUGACAUGUGUCAUUGAAAACAGCCCUGCGUGUCUGGCAGGCCUUCGUGCCGACGACAUGAUAACCCACGUGAACGGCCAUCCGGUGCACAAUCUGACGCAUCCGCAGCUGAUGCACCGACUGUUGAGCGGCGGCAACGAGAUUCAGCUCAAAGUGACGCCGUUGUCGUCGACGUCGAUUCGCGAAGGCGCCGCGCGGCGAAACGUUGGCAAAAUGGCGAAGAAGAAGCCGAAGCGACCGCAGCGACGCGUGCCGUUGGAGAAGAAGGCGCGCAAACCGUCGGCGCUUCUUCGCCGAUUGUCGGGCAAACGCUCGACGAACGACAUUGUGCCGGGAAGCUCGAGCCAGAAGCAGGCGUUUAUGCCGCGUUCGGCGUCUAGUCAGGAUGGAAGUAUAUUGACGCAUUUGCCGGGCACAACGACGACAAGGGUCGAGCCGGACGUCGCCGCGACGUCUGCUGUCGAUUUGGAGCCGAAUCGGCCGUCGUCGAUUCGCGGCAACUCGUCGCCGUCGAGUCCGAGUAUGCUACUAAAUCCGACGGCGUCGGCGAUUACCCGCAAACCGAAAUACACCGAAGGGGUACCAUCGGAGCACUCGGGAAUUGCGAUUGUCAAGCAGAAAUCGCAAUCGAUUGCGGUUAGUCCCUUGGCAAGGGACUCCCGAAUUCGAAGUCCGUCGCCAUCGCGAAAUCGUCCCCAAUCGACCAUUUCAUAUCCGUCGAAGCUGUCGACGUCGACGUCAUCGGUCACACCGGUAGCGCCGGCUCGUCGUAGCUCGUAUCAGCCAACGAGUAGUGGCGUCGCAGCAGCUGCGGCGGCGGCGGCGACACCGACGCCACCCCCAACUAGCACGCCGAUUCCACAGCCGCGACGAAGUUUAACGAAUCAAUCGCGCGGGUUUUCGGCGGCGGCGGCGCAAUCUGCACAGAAUUUGCUUAGUCGAAUAUUGCCGAAGCAGCAGGAUAAUAGCGGAAAAUAA